UAAACUGAUAGAAAAAUGGAUGAGGAUAUUUGUGAUAUGAGUGUGUUGCGAGGCGUUUAUACAGACAUGGACAAUCGUACUUUAACGAUCUCAUCUGGUGUCCCCGCGUUCCUUGCGAAGCUGUGGAAGCUCGUCGAGGACCAGCAGUCGAACCAUUUGAUAUCAUGGAGUCCCGACGAAACGAGCUUCAUUGUCCACGACCAAGUCACUUUCUCACGCGACAUAUUACCCAAGUAUUUCAAGCACAACAACUUUGCCAGCUUCGUACGACAACUGAAUAUGUAUGGCUUUCGCAAAGUGGUUGGUGCCGAACAGGGUGGUUUAAAAGCUGAGAAAGAUGACUGGCAAUUUCAGAAUGCCAACUUCAUCAGAAGCCAGCCACGACUGCUUGAACAUGUGAAACGAAAGUCAACACCUGACGACAAGAAAGUCAAGGGCGAGGAAUACAAUCGUGUUCUGACAGACAUUCAUCACAUCAAAGGAAAACAAGUGGAUAUGUCUUCGAAAUUGGACCAAGUAAAAAUGGAAAAUCAAACAUUGUACCAGGAAUUAGUUGACUUGAGACAAAAGCACGAAGAACAGGAACAAGUUGUCAACAAGCUGAUUCGAUUCCUGAUGAAACUCUUGUACUCAAAUAAUGGACUCACCAACAAAAGACCAUUGAUGUUGCAAGGACCAGAACAUAUCAACCCUAAAAGGCCAUGUCCUUCAGGGGUGAAUAUGGACAAUGCUGGGACGUCACAGCAACAACAACAGCAGCAGCAACAACAACAACCACAAGAUUCUUACAACAUGAGGUCGCCACCCAGACCAAGUGCUAUGCCUAUACCAGCUAAUAAUUACCCAGAAACAUCAGGCCCGGUAAUCACUGCAGUGGACGACCCAGAGGAGUAUGUUGGCAUCUCAAUAUCUGCUGUUCGGCCGAUUGUAAACGAGCCAGAAAAUCCAACCAGCAGCAGCACCGAAGAACCAUAUCAACCCCUACGCCAUCUGCCAAUCCAGAACCAAAACACAAGUCAUUACCCAGAAGACUACAAUAACAUACCAUCACAGCCAAGAAUAGUGCAACCCUCAGUGCAAACAUACAACCCUAACCCGGCUUCAACAAUGUGUAUCAUGCCAAGCCGGAAUACACCAACCACUGUGACAUCCUCCCAAGCCUCCAGUAUCAACAAGGAGCAAUUACAAAAUCAUGUCCAGUACAUCGAAGACAAUCUGUACUCGUUUCAAAACAUCCUUGCUGGUGGAAAUUACAGUGAUACGGGCAUGCUUGAUGACCUGUUAGAUUCCAUCGUGGACGGACGUAAUUCCCCGCCAAGCCAUCCCGACAGAGGUCGUGAUCCGUACCAGGCCUCCCAACAAGCAAGCGAGGUAUCAUCACCACCAUCGUCCUCGGCACAAGGGGGGCCCCGUUUCAACCAGCAGCAGAUUCCUGGAAAACACAUCAACUGGUCAGUCACGUCUAUGUUGCCAGAUCAAGACAGAUCUUCUUCAAGAAGAUAUUGAUGUCCCGUCAGUCCAAAAUUGUGUAGAAUAAAUUUUAUAUAUGAGUGUAUAUAUGAAAAUAUAUACAGGAUGGCCCCAUUUUUACCAAAGAUGGUUUUGAAUUCCCACGAAUUUGGUUGAUUUUUCCAAACCAUGUGCUCAGAUAACAUUUUUCAACUUCUUCUGUAUUUUCGUACCCAUAAAAAAGACGAUAUGAAUGAUAACCAGUCGCCAAGAAAACAAAGGAAAGUAAACUCAGUUUGUUUACUUGGAAAGCAUAUUGUAAACUAGUACAAUCAACAAAAAUGGCGACUGGUUACAGAUUAUGCCGUAUGCCUUUUAAGACAGAUAAAUACAUGUGCAUUCAGGCAUAUUUUUCACCUUAUUUCCAUUUCGUUUGUGAGCACGUCGUGCAAAGACCUAUGUCUAUGUUAAUCAUCUGUCUCUGGUAUAAAUCGGGCCGACUUUGUAUAUAUUGUAUAUAUAGAGAAAGAUUAAUUCAUAUAUAAAACUAUCCGCGCUCUUAGCAAGAGUAUAGAAUAUUAAGAACGUCGUGAUUCAUCGCCGAUGAACACCCCUGGGUUUGCUGACGAACACACCGGGGCAGCAUUAAAUCGAGGCGGACGAUGGUAAGGAGGUGUUGUAGAUCAUCAGACUGGCGUGGAAUGAUAGUCCAGGGAAUUACUCAGGGGCCGUAGAAGCGAUGUGUGGAUGUCUUAGAUGUGUCAAGUUGAUCCCAAACUCGAUUUCUCGUUUCUGUAGUGGUUGUGCUCGAAAGUGAUAUAGUUUUUCUUCGUUUUUUAAUGGGCUUAAAACGAAGCUUGUAUCGAGGCUUGUAUUUUACAAGGAAUCAAUAUGCAGUCACAGGUGCAGGCUACUUGUGAAUUAUUAUUAUAGAACACACAUUCUUCAAACAAUUGUAGCUCGUAGAUCAGUUAGAUAAAGACUAUAUAAAGAUCAUUGGAAAAUAAAAUGAAUGUAAAAUA